AUGGCUUCCCCCGACAGUCAGUCGACACGCGUCGGCUUCAUUGGCCUGGGUGCCAUGGGCUUCGGCAUGGCAUGUAAUCUUGCAAAGAAGCCCUCAUAUAGAGUGCAGGGUUAUGAUGUCUAUCCGCCGAGCGCAGAGAAGUUUGUUGCGCAAGGCGGUGGUUCCGUGGGCCAGUCGCCCCGAGAGGUGGCGGAGACCAGCGAUAUCCUAGUCUGCAUGGCUGUCAAUGCUCAGCAAAUUGAUGAUAUACUCUUCAAUAAUGAGACGGGUGCCGUGCAAACAUUACCGGAGAAUGCCACCGUGCUCAUUUGCUCAACCGUGCCGCCUAGAUACCAUGAGGUGUUAGCACCCCGCAUCGCGGCAACGGGCCGACACGAUGUUUUAGUCCUUGACAGUCCCGUAUCCGGUGGCACGAAGCGUGCAGCCGAAGGUACACUCAGCAUUUUUGCUUCCGGCGCUCCGGAGGCGCUGCAGCGCGCAGAUCGAGUCUUGCGCGACAUGUCCGAAAAGCUCUACGUCAUUCCCGGUGGACCGGGGGCUGGCAGCAAGAUCAAGAUGGUUAACCAGCUCCUGGUUGGGACACAUAUUGCAGCUGCGUCCGAGGCCAUGGGCCUGGCAGCCAAGGCGGGCUUGAAUACCCGCGAAGUAUACAACAUCAUUACAAACGCCGCGGGUAACUCGUGGGCUUUUGAAAAUCGCGUGCCGCACAUGCUCGAUGGGGAUUGGACCCCCCUGUCUGCUCUCAAUAUUUUUGUCAAAGACAUGGGUAUUGUCGUGUCUACCGCAAGAGCUCUGCAAUUCCCCGCCCCUCUCGCUUCUGUAGCUGAGCAGUUGUACAUCUCUGGAGCUGCUCAGGGCUAUGGCGCCGAGGAUGAUUCAGGCCUUGUCCGGGUAUUCCUUCCUGGUCAGCAGAACAUCGUCAAAGACCAGGCCGUUCGACUGAACGAACAAGAGAAGCUGACACCAAGCACCACACCUAUGGAGAUUUCAAAAGUCGGUAUGGUUGGCCUGGGAGCGAUGGGCCAGGGCAUGGCAGCCUCACUUCUUCGCUGCGGGUUCGCUGUCCACGGUUAUGAUGUGUACGAGCCUGCCAUCGAUAAGUUUUUGGCCAACGGAGGCAACGCUUCGAAGGCCGAUAGCCCCGCCUUGGCCGCCAAGGGUGCAGACAUCCUAGUUUUGAUGGUGCAGAACGCGGUACAAGCUGACGACGUCCUUUUCGGCUCCGGCAAGGCUGCAGAGUCACUGCCCGACGGUGCCAUUGUCAUCCUGAGCUCGACAGUGCCGCCCUCGUUUGUGCGAGAGCUGGAGAGCAAACUGGUCAAUCUCGGCAAGGGGGUCAAGCUCAUUGAUGCUCCAGUCAGUGGCGGCGUUGUCCGCGCUGCGAACGGCACGCUCACGAUCAUUUGCUCUGGCGACGACGCCGUGCUUUCCAAGGCGAACGGCCCCUUGCUGGCCAUGACAGGAACUCCGAGCAACCUGUGCCAUGUACAAGGAGGCGUCGGCGCCGCUUCCUCUGUCAAGUUGAUUAACCAGUUGCUGGCUGGUGUUCACAUCGCUGCUGCCGCCGAAGCGAUGGCGUUUGCCGCCCGCCUCGGGCUCGACACACGACGUGCGUUCGAAAUCCUCGGUAGUGCGGCAGCAUGGAGUUGGAUGUUUGAGAACAGAGUGCCCCAAAUGCUUGACGCCGACUGGACGCCGCACUCGGCCCUUGCCAUUUUUGUCAAGGACCUCGGCAUCGUUCUUGACGAGGCAAAGCGCCUGACCUACUUCGCUCCAGUAUCAUCGGCAGCCCACACCCUAUACCUUUCAGGGGCUUCUCACGGAUGGACCAAAGAGUCAGAUGCAGGCGUCGUUAGGCUAUGGGAGUUAGCUGGGCUCUCCGUCUCAGGCAAUGCUGGUCCAAAGACCGAGCAGGCCGAUGGAAAGGCCACCAAGAACUCCAAGGUUGAAACGGGCCAAGAGAAAGCUCUCCCAGCGCAGAAAACGAUCGAUUCAUUGCCCGAUGAGUUCUCUAGAGACGUGAUUAGCUCAACACGAAAAGUCGUCGACAACGGCGAAGUACCAGUCCUCGUGGUGCUCGACGACGAUCCAACAGGUACGCAGACUUGCCAUAACAUCGAUGUCUUGACCGUUUGGGAUGCGGCAACACUGGAGUACGAAUUCAGCCUCAACCCAACGGGCUUCUUCAUUCUCACCAAUUCCCGAGCCCUACCUUCCGCCGAAGCAAAGCAGCUUAUCCUUGACAUCUGCCAGAACGUCAAGGAAGCGGCCGAAAAGUCCAACAAGGCAUUCGAGAUUGUCCUUCGCGGAGACUCGACCUUGAGAGGACACCUUCCUGAAGAGCCCGAGGCAGCCGAGGAAGCGCUCGGCAAGUUUGAUGGAUGGGUAAUCACACCGUUCUUUUACCAGGGUGGCAGAUACACCAUCGACGACGUGCACUACGUCAAGGAGGAUGACGUGUUGGUUCCUGCAAGCCAAACACCAUUCGCACAAGACGCGACCUUUGGCUACAAGAACUCCAACUUGCGGAAAUACGUGCUGGAGAAGUGCGGUUCGCGGUUUGAUGAUUCGUCAUUCCUUUCGGUCACGCUUGAUGAAAUCCGGAUCGGAGGACCCGCGGGCGUCACGAAGAAGCUCCUCUCGGUAGCGCCAGGGUCAAACACGGUUGUCAUUGUCAACGCUGCUGCCGAGUCCGACAUGCAUGUCUUUGUGGCGGGCCUGCUUGAGGCGGAGAAGGAGGGGAGACGGUACCUUUACCGCACAGGUGCCGCCUUUGUCUCUUCUCGGCUGGGAAUCACAGGUAUCCCGCCUCUAACGAUGGCCGACCUUGGAGUGUCGGUCAAAGGGGGGAUCAAGCAGCCGGGGGGGUUGAUAGUUGCUGGCUCGUAUGUUCCGAAGACGACAGCACAGCUCAGGGUCCUCCGGGAGAGGCGAGGCGACAAGCUCAAUGUUAUUGAGCUUGACGUUGCUGAACUGAUCGAGUCUGCCGAGGCGGCGGAAAAGGUGGUUACGACGGCGGCAGCUGAAACAGCAUCGAGGCUGGCGGCGGGUGAGGAUGUUCUUGUCAUGACAUCGCGCAAGCUGAUCAAGGGGAAUGAUGCGCUCAGCUCGCUCCAGAUUGGAUCCAGGGUGGCGCGUGCUCUGGUUCAGCUGGUAGAAAAGAUUGAUGUUCGACCGCGGUAUUUGAUUGCGAAGGGCGGCAUCACUUCGUCGGAUGCGGCGACCAAGGGAUUAAAGAUGAGAAGAGCGCGCAUCUUGGGCCAAGCUGCACCUGGUGUUCCCUUGUGGAGGUGUGACGAGGAAACGAGUCGGCAUCGCGGAGUGCCGUAUGUCGUAUUCCCGGGGAACGUUGGCAGUGACAGCACUCUCGCGGAAGUUGUUGAGUCGUGGUCGACCGAUAAUGUUGUUUGA